UAUAUAACCCAAGAUAUGAUAGUGACUGAGGGAGUCAUUCAGAUACAAGGCGCAUCUCUCUUCUUGUUAUCGGGGAACCGUCUGUGGGUUAUUUAAAUAUGUAUAUAAACGCACCCGAAUCGUGCAAUUUUAUGUUUUUAUUUUGCUUUUUAAUAAAGAGUGGUCUGACUUUGAAGAACGAUGCCACGGAGAUUUUCUACACUCAUGUGGUCAGUCCCGUUCCGGAUGCUCAGAGCAACGCGUCUCUGAAUCGCGCGCGCACCGGCAGCAGAGGGUUCCCAGCACAGGAGAGAGGCGAACGUGUUCCUGUGGGCUGCAGGGAACUGCGUUCAACAAAGUACAUCUCAGAUGGACAGUGCACCAGCAUAAACCCUGUUAAAGAACUGGUGUGCACAGGACAGUGCCUUUCAGCGCAGAUGCUGCCCAACUGGAUCGGUGGAUAUGGUAGAAAGUUCUGGAACCGGCAAAACAGUCAGGAAUGGCGCUGCAUGAAUGACAAGACCCGUACCCAACGGAUUCAGCUCCAAUGUCAGGAUGGUAGCACUAGGACCUACAAGAUCACUGUAGUGACCUCCUGCAAAUGCAAAAGAUACACACGGCAACACAACAAAUCGGAAAACAAGUCUGAUGGAUACACUCAAACCCAGAUGCCUCACAAACCCAAAAGGCAAGUGAAGCAUCGGAACGGCAAACUCAAUGAGAACUGGCAUGAGUCACUGGUCUAUAACUGACCAAAGCACUUGAUUUUCCCAUCUAAAUGAACUAAAUAUGAGAGCUUGUGGGGUCUACUCAUUGGAGCAAAUGUGCUGCAUUUGAGAACGAGUGCAGGGCUCUGACUUCACUGUGAGACAGAAGUUAUUUGCAGUCAUUGGAAGGAAAAAACAAAUGUCAUUACCAACAAAUUCACAAUGAAUCCCAUACGAGACCCUGAGCCAAAGAUACUGUAUGUCCAUACGAAUGCCAAAAAAAGACUGACACUGACCAUUGCUCAUGAUCUGCAACAACUGCAUAUUGUUUUGCAAAAUGAAUGGAAAUUGACCUGCGAUUUGUAUUGUAUUUGUCGUCAAUGCCUGAUAUGUGUAGAAUAACAAAAUUGCAUAAAUGUACUUAACUUGCAGUAGUGUAGGUCUAUGCUAUAUAUAACAAUAACUGACAAUAACUGCAUCUCUCAAACCUGAGAAAUGCAUAGCUAUUUGUAAAUCAAGUAUCUGUAAAUACACACACUGUCAUUUGUGUAAUUAUUUGUUUUGCAGGACCUUUCUGUGUUAUAAAAUGUAAUAUUUUUUUGUACAAGUUGAUGUUAUAUAUUUUUAAAUCAUGUAUUUUCAGUUUGUCCAAGCAUUAUUCAGACAAGAUAUUGCACUAAAGUGACAAUGUUGAUAUUGGCUGUUACAGUAUGGUGUAAAAACAUUAAAAUUAUAAUCUCAA